AUGGAUGCCACAGCUGCCCUUCUCAAACGUGAUUCGUCACCCUCGCAGUUCUCACUCUAUGUAUUCGCCAUUAUUGUUGGCUGUGUGGCGAGCGUUCUUAUCGGAUUCGGCAUUUGGACCAUGUAUCACGGAAUAGAGAACGAGCAAAACCACGACGUCACCUACGAGCAGCGAAAAUACAUGCGUGAAGUACGACAACGAAAUAUCAAUCGCUUGGCAGCCACAGCGAACCGACCAGACAUGAUCACUCCCGUUGAAAAAUUAAAUUAUUGA